AUGACCCCGCGACGACGACACGCUGAACGGUACAUGUUCCCGCCCUGGGAGCCCAGCGUACCUCCCUGGGGUCGUCAUCAGUCUACGAGACCUCGUCUAGAUCCGCGAUACCAUCGGCCCAUUGAACGUGGACUGCCCACGUUCAUGUCCCCGCCUGAGUUCUCAAGCUCGUCCGCUUGGGAGCCCCCUUCUCCUUAUUUUGUGCGACAUGUGUUUAAGAUCGGGCUCCUGCCUGAUAACCUACGUCCACGCUCUGGGAUGCCUGCGUUUCAUCCAGAUCCCAACAAAGACAGAGAGACCAGGGUGUCCUCGAUCGAGCCUGUCAAACUGGAAAUGGAUCAGAUCAAGCCAUGGAACACCACGGCAGAAAUGUUUCUGAACCGUAACCCACGCAAAAAGAGAUCGAGUCAUAAAGCCAUAAGACCAGACGUUCGCGACACAAUCAGUAUGGCACCCAUGAAACUCUGGGACUGCGAGCACAAGCGCACCAUCUCCUCGGCCGGCCGAUUCGUGAAGUACUGUUGCCUGUCGUACGUUUGGACACAAAUCAGUGACGAUGAUUUGCGCAAUGCCUGCAAGACCAUCGCCAGGGAGACUAGAGUGCGCUACUUUUGGAUUGAUCGGUGGUGUAUCGACCAGUCCAACGAGGAGGAAAAGGCCAAAGAGGUUCCGCGCAUGGGCGAGUACUACGGGCAGGCAAACCUCGUUGUAGCUUUGAUUCCUGAAAUCACCGAAACGGUGUACGGCGGUCCGAAGAACGGCUCGGAGCCGUUUGAAGCGGUGGAGUUGGCGCAACAGAACAAAGAACCGACGCGGCAUUUUGCUCGCAGCAAGUGGGUGACUCGCGUCUGGACGUUCCAGGAGGCUGCAUCAGGCGCACCCGUUGGAGUCUUGACCGGAAGCAAUCAGCUAGUUAGCGCUACCCUACUGGAUGCAAUGCGGUUGGCGAUCGCCCGGGAACACCUCGAUGAGGCCCCAUUAUACCUGGUCAACUUGGAACAAUAUUCUACCAAUCUGGACCGCCAGAAAAACAGGCUAGAGAUCCAAGGGGUAUUAAUCCUUGACCAUUUCGCAUACAAGGACAUCAGAGCUGCUGGUCGCUCAGCACCUUUUGACACGCUGACACAGGCGUGGAAGGUUAUGGGAGAACGACACUGCCAAAAAGAAUACGAUAAGAUCUACGGUGUAUUGGGGCUGGUUCAAAGGGCACGGAUCUCGAGUGCUUCCUACAAUGCCCCAUCCGAGGAUAUCCUUUUGGAGUUGGCCAAGAAUGGGAUGGAUAUUUCCGACUUCCUCAAUGCUAGCAUGAUCAAUGACAAGAACGGGCUGUGUUGGAUGCCAGGCUACACGCUCCAACCCGACGAAUUCGCCUCGAUGGAGUCGCGGCUGGCAGAUGGCAGGGUCUGUUCGUGUUCGUGUAACGGCCUAUGGGUGAAAGGUGUCCAUGUGCGUGUCAAACGGCUGUCAGACGAGCCUCUCAUGUACGAGUCCAAGUUGGAGAAUUAUGACUUGGAAAUAACUUGGGAGGGCGGCGCCAAAGUCAAAACAAAGACUUAUGUCCACCAAUCUAACUUUGACAGGGUAGGAACUUCGGAAAUGCUGUUGAUUCAAAACAUAGAUGGACAGAAAUCGGAGUAUUACAUAGGACUUUUCGGCCGGCUUGUGAAAAGGGGAGUCUGGCAUAAAACUGGCGCGGCUCUAAUAUUCCGGAAAUGGCUGGAUGGCAUGCUGGACUAUAAAGGGUGGAAGGAGCCAGUCAAAGAUUUCAAAAUAGGGGGCAAAUGGGAUUGUAAGAGCUAG